AACGCAGCCAGAGAAUGACGCUCCAGAGCGUUUAGAAGUAUUUGUAGCACAAGUUUGACCACAGCUGUAGCAAGUAGUGUUCGUGCUAUUUUUGAAAUGGUCAUUGAUUUUGAAGAGCUAAUUCUUCGAGCGUGACUUGAAAUGCUCGCGAAGCGAUCGGUAUUCGCAUUAAAUAAAGUGAUUGUCGAGCGUUUAUACUUUCCAGAUGGUUUAUUCGGUCAAACUUCACGCAUGUAUGGCGUGGACCACGAGAAGAGGCAGCACGAAUGGAAAGAGAAAGAGAUAGCCGCACAGGAGUCCAGGAUCGGCGACGAUCCUGAGAAACCCAAAAACGCUUUAUGGUUUCCCACAGACGCGCCUAAGCAGACCGACUUCUCAAUCGGCAAUAUUCUGAGAUGGUUUGCGCAUCAGAAAGAGCUGUCUGUCAAACGAAAUCAGAGAUUUAUACCGGAGAGACAUGAGAUAUUGGGCGCUGAUCUUGCCACCGCUCACUUUUUUAUAAAACGUGGUGGCCGAGUGAGAUUUAGAGGUAAUGGUCAUUGGACGGAACGGGACGAGAAAGACAAUGUCAAUCUGCCCAGCACUUUUGAUUCGCGAUACAUUGUCGAGGCGGUGGAUGUCAACGGAUUUGAUCUACACUACGAAGGUCUGAGUAAUUUGUGCGGUCUCGUGAAGUUGAAAUGGCUCAGUCUAAAGAACUGUAAAAACAUUGACGACUGGGGUUUGGAUAAGAUCUCAGCCGAAUUUCCAGAGCUGGAAUACCUAGACAUAUCUGGAUGCGAAAAGAUCACGGAGAGAGGAUUGGAAUCUCUUUACAGAAUGUCAUCCUUGAAAACAUUAAUUGUAACAAAUUACAGCAAAUCCGUUGCAUUUGAAUUAACUUGUAUGAUGUUGGAAGAUUGUAUACCAGGACUGUCGUGUGAAAUAAAAUAGUGUUGAUAAAAAGUUAAAAGAAAAAAACAA